GGCAUUAAUUGAUUUGGAUGACUCUUCGACCGCUACAGUACCCUGACGCCCGCAUAUCGAUGCCAUAGUACAUACCGACCUUGGCUUCCAUUCGGGUUCGACUCAGACGGCGAGAAGAACAUCACCGAAACUUCGCUUCUUCUUCAAGGCAUACAAGAAGGCACACUCUUCAGCCUUUGCCAUUACUACCUCCUAUCCAUACUCCAUUCGUUCUGUUCUUGCAUCAGGUUUAGUUUUGCAUCUGGCAUAUACUCCAUCUACUUGUGUCUUUGAAGCUCUUGUCUUACCUACUUAUCAUUGUCUGACGAAAAUACCGUCUUACCGUUUACUACCUCUGUGUCCCACGUCCCUGCAAAUUAAUACCAGCUUGAAUACCUACUACCUUUCUUCCCAACUGUCUCCGGCCCAAUGAUUCCUAGGAUAUACCAGAUAGCUUACUUGUGAUCUUUUAAACACCUGGCUCCUGACCCUUCUUAUCGCUCACCUCCCGACCGCAGCCAUGGCAUCAAAACAGGCACCGCACGAACGACGAAAAGGCGAAGCUGCCCUUAGCGACUUUGCCGAGUACGUCGAGAGACAGCAGGCAUUGCGCUACCCGAACAAGGCUGCCCAGAGCCAGACUGCGACAGCAUUAGCAGCGACAGGCCCAAAUUCAACAUUAUCCUCAAAAAUCGCCCCCGAAGUCGAACAUCAUGCUGAGCUCGACGACAUCCUCGACAGCCUCAACCUCUCCGAGCCCGGUCCGCGAAUAAGACUUCGCGACCUUCUGCUGUCCGCCCCUGACGAUGACGCCUCCCUCCAGAAACUCGCCGACAUCGUUGGUGAGCGGUUGGACGAAGGACACGGCGAAUCCGUCUUCGACAUCGGCUUCGAGAACCAUGGCGAGAGCUUAAAGUUGACCAAGGAGGAUUGGGAGGUGGCAUACAAGAGGUUAUCGCAGGCCGCAGCCCAGAUUGAUGCCGACUGCCAGCUGCUCUUAACCAAGAACUUGGGCGGCGAUCUCGACGGUGCCCCAACCCGCGAUGGCGACGUGAGCGGCAAGGUGAUGAUCCGUCGACGCCCGUCCGCAGCCGAGGAUGUUAUCGAAACGCGAAUAGCAGUCGUGGGCAAUGUCGACGCUGGCAAAUCCUCGAUGCUGGGUGUUCUGGUCAAGGGCGACUUGGACGACGGUCGCGGUCGCGCACGCGUGAAUCUUUUCCGACACAAGCACGAGAUUGAGACCGGUCGUACGUCUUCCGUCGGCAUGGAAAUCAUGGGCUUCGACUCGCACGGUCAGACCAUUCUUUCCGACACCCCCGGUCGCAAGCUCUCGUGGGAGGAAAUAGGCAAGCGCAGUGCGAAAGUAAUCACUUUUACCGACCUUGCUGGGCAUGAACGGUAUCUUAGGACGACCGUCUUCGGCUUGUUGUCAUCGUCGCCAAAUUACUGCCUGCUAAUGGUAGCAGCCAACAACGGGCUAAUAGGCAUGUCCAAAGAGCAUCUUGGUAUUGCUUUGGCGCUGAACGUGCCAAUAAUGGUGGUCAUUACCAAGAUCGACAUCUGCCCGCCCAACAUCCUGGAACAGACCAUCACCCAGAUCACCCGCAUCUUGAAGUCUCCUGGUGCGAGGAAGAUCCCCAUUUUCAUCAAGAACCAUGAGGAAUGCAUCAACACGGCCACUCAGUUCGUCUCCCAGCGCAUCUGCCCCAUCUUCCAGGUCAGCAACGUAACAGGCGAGAACUUGAGCUUGGUCCGUUCGUUCCUCAACAUCUUGCCGCACCAUGGACGGUACGACGCCGACGCGCCUUUCGAGUUCCAUGUCAAUGACACUUUUAGCGUCCCCCACGUCGGCACGGUCGUCUCGGGAAUCGUCAAGUCGGGGGUCAUCCAUGCGGGUGAUGAGGUUUACCUGGGGCCGGAUGGCUUGGGCAAGUUCACGACCACGGCGAUCAGGUCGAUUGAGCGGAAGAGGAUAGGCGUCCCGGCGGCGAGCGCGGGCCAGUCGGCCAGCUUCGCGUUGAAGAGGGUCAAGAGAAAGGACGUUCGUAAGGGAAUGGUGGUGCUCUCCAAGACUGAAAGUGGACCGCCGAAGGUGUAUCGGGAGUUCAUUGCUGAAGGUAAACACGCCGCUUCCUUUUGUCUUCACUUUUCUCUGCCCCUUGGUGCCAUUCAAAAAUUCUGUAUGUAUCCUAACGUGCAAUAGUCCUCAUCCUCUCCCACGCAA